ACAUUGUAUGCUAGCUAAUUGAUAAGCAAUAUGUAAACAAGAAAACAUUGUUAUUCUUUUCGUUAUCAGUCGAGAAGUGACAUUUCGCUCUAGCGAGCUAAUGAUGCUUUUGUUUGUGAGGUUGAGCGACCUUCAUGCGACAUUCAAAUCUGCUUUUUCAUUCUGGCUCAAAACCUGCUUAUUCAUUUGCUGGAGCUCGUCUGCAGAAGUGGUGAUUUUCUAAGUUGGCGGCUUUUCGUUAUCAGAGCUAGUGAUAGCAACGAUAAAAAAUUGCAUAGGAAUAGUAACGGUAAGGUGAGUGAAAUACAGCGAACAAUGGCCAUCACCGUUAGCACGGUAGCUACGACUCCCUACGAAGGACAGAAGCCGGGUACCAGCGGCCUUCGCAAAAAGGUCAAAGUGUUCACACAAAAAAAUUACACGGAAAACUUUGUUCAAUGUAUCUUGGAUGCAAACGGUGCAGCACUAGCUGGAUCUACGCUGGUUGUGGGCGGAGACGGCCGAUACUUCUGUCGGGAGGCUUGCGAGCUAAUUGUUCGCAUGUGCGCCGCUAACGGUGUAGCGCGUAUCCUAGCCGGACAGAAUGGAAUCCUUUCGACCCCGGCCGUAUCGAGUUUGAUUCGCCGUCACAAAGCUCUUGGCGGAAUUGUGUUGACCGCGUCGCACAAUCCAGGUGGACCAGAAAAUGAUUUCGGUAUUAAGUUCAACUGCGAAAAUGGUGGCCCAGCACCAGAUCAGUUUACGAACAAAAUUUAUGAUUUAUCCGGAAAAAUUGUAGAGUACAAGAUAGCCGAAGGGUUAGCUAUCGAUGUUACGAAAGCGGGAGUCAAUAAUUACGAAAUCGGUGGAAAACCUUUCGUGGUAGAAGUGAUUGAUUGUGUAGCGGAUUACGUGCGAUUAAUGAAGGAGAUUUUUGAUUUUGACAAGCUAAAGGAUUUUGUUAGUGGUAAAUCGCGUAAUGGUCAGCCGCUUAAAAUGAGAAUUGACUCGAUGAACGGCGUAACCGGAAGCUACGUUAAUGAAAUUUUCGUCAACUGCCUGGGUGCUUCCAAGGACGGUGUUGUUCAUACAACUCCCCUACCCGACUUUGGGGGCUUGCAUCCCGAUCCAAAUCUCACCUACGCUAAAGAUUUAGUGGACACUGUUCGCGCUGGAGACUAUGAUAUUGGAGCAGCCUUUGAUGGAGAUGGUGAUCGCAACAUGAUUAUUGGCCGGAAUGCAUUUUUCGUAACUCCAAGCGAUUCGUUGGCGGUCAUUGCUCACUAUCUUGAGUGCAUUCCGUACUUUAAGAAGAAUGGAGUUACUGGGUUAGCUAGAAGUAUGCCAACUGCUUCGGCUGUCGAUCUGGUGGCUAAAGCACUCAACAAGGAGUUGUUUGAAGUUCCAACUGGUUGGAAAUAUUUCGGUAACUUGAUGGAUGCCGGUCGGCUCUGUCUGUGCGGCGAGGAAAGCUUCGGAACGGGUUCCGAUCACAUACGCGAGAAGGAUGGAAUCUGGGCGGUGCUUGCGUGGAUGUCUGUCCUACAACAUACCGGAAAAAGCGUAGAGGAAAUCUGCGUCGAACAUUGGAAGCGUUAUGGAAGGAAUUAUUUUACCCGUUACGACUACGAAGAGUGCGAUUUAGCUCCGUGUAACGAAAUGAUGGCCACGCUGGAGAAAACUAUUACCGAUCCCAGUUUCAUCGGGAAAGACUAUUCUGCUGGUGGCAAGAAGUAUACAGUCAAACUGGGUGAUAACUUCAGUUACAAUGAUCCAAUCGACAAAUCUGUUUCGACUAAGCAGGGGCUACGUAUCGUGUUCACCGACGGCAGUCGUAUUGUGAUGCGUCUUAGCGGAACCGGAAGCUCCGGCGCUACUGUUCGACUGUACAUCGAUUCCUAUGAAAAGGACAAUGUCUUGGGUCAGGCUGCGCAGAUGCUGAAACCGCUAAUUGACAUUGCCCUGGAAAUUUCCAAACUGCCAACCUAUACCGGUCGCAAUGCUCCGACAGUAAUCACGUAAAUUACGGUUGGACAACAGCAACCAGUGUGUGUCAGCUCAAAAGUACUACCUUCGAUAUUACCUACCACAUUGUUAUCAAAAAUCUAGAGUUUAGAACAAGUGUUAGAACUCAUAGUUGCCAUUUAGGUGGCCUUUGCUUACUUUUGUUUAGAAAAAAUAUGAUAAGGCAGAAUAAGCUGAGUUUUAACAGGGAAAAUGAUCAUCCAGUACUAGGUACGUGUCGUCUGUUAUGAUUUCUCAUGCAACCAUUUUAAUGUAGUGUGUUGAGAGCCCGUUUAUUUUCGUUUUGUGCAUUUUGUUAUUUUGUAUAUGUAUUUAUUUGCCCGGCUGAUCAAGUAAAUAAAGUGCAAUC